AUGAAGCUCGCCACCAUUAGCUUCGGCCUCCUCGGUCUCUUCGCCACCUCUGCCUCUGCCGCUUAUUGCACUGACAACGAAUACUACUGCGGCUGGAACCUCCUGGACAAAGGAAACUACAUGCCCGAGAUCGUAGCGGCCCUGCUGGGCGCCGGGAUCACGUCGCCCACGGAAUUCCAGAUCCAACACACCCUGUUCUACUGCCGUGAUGACGCGGACAGGGGAGUUGGCUAUGCGAUGCCCUGCCAGAAGCAAUGCUAUGAGACUAGCGAGAGCGACUUCUGUGAUGAGGUUGGCCCUGUGAUGAGGAUGGGUGUCUGCUGCGCUUUGGAGGUUGGCGAUGAGGCCUUGGUCUAG